AUGGGCCCAGCAAUCCAAGAUCCUCGCUCCACGCCAGCCAAGGCCGCUCGACGGCGUCAGGCGUGUGGCGGAGCUGUCCUCAUUGAGCAGCACGCGGACCAAAGAGGUAUGAGCCCGUCCACUCGCCCCAUGAAGCCGCUGCGGAGGACGUGGCCACGGGAGAGGAGUGGAUGGCCUGUACCGAAGACUCAACCCCAGCCGCUCGAGCCUACUCGUAACGACUGCAACAUCUCGAGCCCACCCUUCAGCCUGAUGUCGAACAAGCCGGCCAAUCGCGACGCGCGUGCAGAUGUCGAUGCUGUGGCUCGGUCCAACCUCAGCCGUCGCCACGAAUUCUGCUCCACCACGAUGCUCUCGCAGAGCUCCCCCUUAAAGAACGGUCGAGGGCGAGUUCAGCCUCGCAUCGCAGCCGUGCAAUCGACGAUGCCUCCCGCCGCCCAUCGGUUGGACAGGCCGUCUCUUGCCCGCAAUCCGGGGUGUGAGUAA